AUGUCAGGAGAUCGCUCUUGGAUGUACAGUCGAUUACAGAAUGGAUUCAUUACAGUUGAAUUUGUAAAUGGAGUUACUGAAUUUAUUAAUUUCGCAUGUUCGAAGACUACAUUUAUGUGGAAGAAUAAAAUUAGAUACCCUUGCACACGAUGUAGUAACAAUAAGUUCUUAGAUAAAGAUAAAGUCACAGAUCACAUCCUAAAUCGUGGUUUUACUAGGGCUUACACAAUUUGGAGUUUACAUGGGGAAGAUCAUGUUGGACAAUCAUCAAGAAGUAGAUCUAGAAUUGAACCAUCUCUUAGAUUUAAGGGAGAUGUUGCUUUUCGAGAACCUACAUAUGAAGAUGAAAUAGAAAAUCCAUAUACUAGAAUGGUUAGGGAUGCUAUGCGUCCCGAAGUUGCUUUCAACCAUGGUUCUGAAAAUGAGUCGAGCUUUGUGGAAGAAGAUACCAAUCCAAAUGCGUCUUCCUUUUACUCUUUGUUAAGCAAUGCAGAGGAACCUUUGUGGGUAGGUUGCACAAAGCACACAACGCUUUCAGCUGUGUCGACUUUAAGGAACAGGCCCUCGUCUCCUUCCAAGCAAUCGUUAAAUAUCAACUCGAUCCGAUCAGCAGCCAACAUAACAUUCAAUACAAGCAUAAAAAAUGGAUCAAAAGCACAUGCAUGGAUAUCCUAUGAUUCUCGGACUACAAAUUUGAGUGUGUUCUUGACAUAUCUUAAAAACCCAAUUUUUUCUGGUAAUUCUAGCCUUUCAUACAAAGUUAAUCUAUCAAAAGUUUUACCAGAGUGGGUCACUGUCGGAUUUUCAUCUGCUACUGGUUAUCGCACCGAGAUACACAACAUUGCUUCAUGGGAAUUCAAUUCAACAAAACUGUCAUCAGGACCUGAUAAGCGAGGAGGAGGGGGAGGAGGAAGAGGAGGAGUAAAUAUUGGAGCGAUAGUUGGAGGUGUAAUUGGUGGAUCUUUGGCGGUUGUUGGGACCAUCUUAAUAAUGGUCUUUUUCUGGAGGAAGAAGGGUCUAAAGAAAAAGGAAGAGGAUUCAGAACAGGAUGAUUCCAUAGAUCGUGAAUUUGAGCAUGGCACUGGGCCUAAGAGGUUCUCUUUUGCUGAAUUGGUUCGGGCCACAAAUAACUUCGCUGAAGAAGGAAAACUUGGCGAGGGAGGGUUUGGAGGAGUCUACAAAGGCUUCCUUUCUUCUUUGAAUUCAAGCAUUGCGGUUAAAAGGGUUUCCAGAAUUUCUAAACAAGGUAAAAAGGAGUAUAUAGCGGAGGUGAAGAUUAUUACCAAAUUGAGACAUAAGAAUCUUGUUCAACUGAUUGGUUGGUGUCAUGAGAAAGGUGAGUUCCUUCUCAUCUAUGAGUUCAUGCCCAAUGGUAGCCUUGAUUCUCAUCUUUUUGGAGGGCAAAAUCCGCUUUCAUGGGCAAUAAGGUAUAAGAUAGCCCUGGGUUUGGCCUCUGCAUUGCUUUAUCUCCAUGAAGAAUGGGAACAAACUGUCAUACACAGAGAUAUCAAAUCAAGCAAUGUAAUGUUGGAUUCCAAUUUCAACGCCAGGCUAGGAGAUUUUGGUUUGGCAAGGUUAAUGGAUCAGGAAUUGGGCAUCAAGAUCACAAGGCCAGCAGGAACAUUUGGCUACAUGGCACCAGAAUAUGUUAGCAAGGGAAAAGCUAGUAAAGCAUCGGAUAUUUAUAGUUUUGGCGUGGUUGUGUUAGAAAUUGCUUGUGGAAGGAGAUCCAUAGAAUCAAAAACCAAAGAAGCUGAAACCUCAUUGCUGGACUGGGUUUGGAGAUCGUAUGAAAAUGAAAGGCUUGUUAAUGUGGCUGAUGAGAAAUUGCACAUGGAUUUUGAUUUGGAACAAAUGGAACGCUUGAUGAUUGUGGGAUUAUGGUGUGCUCAUCCUGAUUGCAAUUUCAGACCAUCGAUUAGGCAAGCAUUGCAGGUUCUUAAUUUUGAGGCACCACUGCCAAAUCUGCCCAAAAAAAUGCCUGUUCCCAAGUAUGAUAUUCCCGCUACCUCUUCAUCUAGUUCAUCAUGUGAGCCCUUGAUGUCCGAUUCAGUACUUACUGUAGGUCGUUAAAAUAGUCCUCGUUCUACUAUAUAUACUGAAGUUUUGCUUUCUAUAUGUUGUUGUGCUUCUCUUUUUUUUCCUUAUUGAAGAUAUAUAUAGUUGUAAUUCUUCUUUGUGAAAUUCAAAUAAGAUUUUGCAUCAA